AUGGCGGACGACGAGCAGCAGCUCCUCGUGGAUACGGACUCGGAGCAGCAGCCGCUGGUACCGAAGAAGAAGAGCCGCGCCCUGGUGGCGGGAGCCGCGUUCGGCGCGGCGCUGCUGCUCGGCGCGGUCGCGGCGCGGGGCGGGGCGGGGCCGCGGUCGCAGGCCCUGCGCGCCGCGCCGUCGACCGCGGUCGCGACUCGGGACGUGGGCGACGUCGUCGAGCCCGACUUCAUCGACUGCGCGGAGACCUGCAUUCCCUGGCUCGACCCCGGGUUCGAGUGCAGCGGCGACGGCGUGACCAUCGGCGUCGAGUUCGACGGCGACGGCCUGUGCGUCUACGACCUGCCGUGCGUCUUCCGCAUCGUCCUGGACCUCGAGUUCGACCUCGUGUUCGGGGUCUGCUUCGACGUGGACGGCGAGGCGAGCUACGCGCGGGAGCGCACGGUCGCCACGGCGUACGGCGUGGCGAACGCGGUCAUGACCGCGGGCGUCAAGGCCGAGGUCUUCACCACCCAGGGCCUGCGCAAGACCCACGCGGCAGCCAUGAGCGAACUCGCGGGCGCCGGGGAGGAGCGGCAGCGCGAGUUCCUCGCCGCCGCGGACAAGGCCUUUGCCGCGCAACAUGGCCGCGCCGUCACCGAGCCGGAGAAGCCCGAGGCCUACUACCUGUUCGCCCGGGACCUGGUCCUCACCGCGCGGGCGAAGAAGGAGGCCGCGCCGGGCACCGAGGCGGCCACGCCGGACUUCUUCUGGGGCGAUGAUGUGAUUGGGCUCUGGGACGACGGCGGAAGCUGGUUCUGGGACGACUGGGGCAGCGGCGGCGGCGGCAGCGACGGCAGCGGGCUCAUCUGCAAGAUGUAUCCGUGGUGCGACAUCUGGUACAACGGAAACGGCGGCGGCGGCGGCGACGCGUGCGCGUUCGAAGCGGAGGUGCGCGUCCCGGUCCAGGUGCAGGUGGAUACCUACGCCGGCGCCAACGCGGCGUCCGUCCACGUCGGCGACCCGUGGGUGAGUUACUCGACCGGUAACGUGCAAGUCGAGUUCGAGGGCAAAGUGACGUUCGAGGCACAGGACGCGCUCGGGACCCUCUCUGCGGGCGCGGAAAGCUCGAUUUCGACCGUGUGUGAUACGAGCGGCUGCACCAGACCGGGCGGGGAAACGUGCGUCUUCGCGAGCUUGCAAGUGCCUUGGCUCGAGCUCCCAGACGCCAGCAUAUGCGGCAUUAGUGUCCCCUACGCCUCCAUCGGCGAAAGAGGGCUCUCUGCGGAGGUGUGCCUGUGCACGACCUGCUGGUGAAGUUCGGAGGUGCCCUCCCCCUUGCUGUUCCCCCUUGCCUAAACACUCAUAAACUUACGC